UGCGUGUACUUGUGGCUAGGGAAACCACCCAAUUUCCUGCGUAUUACGUCAUCGAUUUUGCCUGGCGGUGAAACGUACAAGUCAGGGACAACGUGUAAAGCGGCGGCUACACGAAGAAACUGCAAAUAUGACAUCAUUCACUAGUGGCAGCAGAAAAAAACAAGUCAGAUUCCAGACAAAAGAUGACCUGGUACUACUGAGAGAGGUCCUGGCUAAAAAUCCAUUUCAGAACAAGUCUGCCUGGAACGAGAUAGCAUCAGCCGUAGCAGAUACCAGAUAUAAUCUGCAGGUGGAUGCAAGACGCGUCCGGGAGAGGACACAUUUGCUGAUAGAUCAGCAUAAAAAAAGCAAUGCUGAUUCUUUGAAGAGUUCAGGGAUUGAUGAAGAGUAUGGAGAGAAAGAGACUUUACUGGAUGAAAUUCUUUCAUUGGUGGAGGAUGAGGAAAAACAGAAAGAAAAACAGAAAGAGAAAAAGGAAACAGAAGAAAAUCGGGGAAAAGAAAUUAGAAAAAGAGCAAUGAAAAACUUAACUCCUAAGAAAGGUGAUGAUGAUUCUAACGAUGCCACCCCAUCAAAGAGAAACAGUUCCGGAAAUAUAGUUGGAUAUCUAAAAGAAAAAAAUGAUGCCGAGUUGAUAUAUAGAAGGCAAGAACUUGAAGUUAGAAAACAGCAACUUCAAUUGGAGGAGGAAAAGUUCAAACUAGAGAAACAUGAAAGGAUUCAGAAAUUGGAAAAUGACAAACAAGAGAAAACACUUAUGUUUGAGUUGCUGAAAAAAUGUUUAGGUGACCGACAUUAAAAGAGAAGCCAAAGAAAUCAUUAA